GCGUUGCAAACACGAGAUAAACCACAUAAAAUUUUACCUGUGACACGAAAAGGGAACCAUUUCUUUUAUUGUGAAAUGGUUUACCGGAAGUUUCACAUUGCCAAGGAAACCAGGCGGUAAACAUUAACUUGAGGAUAGUCACAACACGGUGAAGGUAUAUUUUCCAAAUAUGUCGAACCGGGAUCCAUUCCCCUUCCCAAAGCAAGAGAACGACUUCACUCUGAGCGGAUUCAGGCCACAACAGACGCAAACCUAUGACAAACCUACUCACAUUGCCCAAAUGGAGGAACCCUGGAGUCGCCUUCAUAAUGCAGCCACGGUGGCAAGCACCCAGCGAAGUGCAAUGCAUCACGAGCAUGGGGUGACCUGAAAUUUCAAUAUGAACAUACAAAUUCUCUGUCAUCAGGUUCCACAAGACAGCCUUGACUUGCAGCUAAAGUCCAUCUAUGACCAACACAGAGACUUGUUUUGGAACAAGAAUCAGGUUUUAUACCAAAGGGAGUCUGUUUGUGAUGCGUGCGAAAAUGCUGUGGGAGUGUGUCCGCCCACACCAGUGCCCCAUUUAAAGUACUAAGUGAAGAUCAGGUAGUGCUGUAUGAAGUUGAUCCCUCCUUAUCUUCUCUGAUUACAACUAGGGUGGACAGGAAAACAAGGAUUAAUAAUGAAAACCGGGCACCUGUUUAUUCUCUGUCUGGGUAAGAUGCUCCCCAUAUACAGCAAGAGUGUUUCCCUCAGACAGAAACCAUAUGGCAUUAGAACCUUUAAAAUAAAAACCCUUUUCACAAACACUGCCUUACUUGCCUCCAAUUCACUUACACUGACAACUAUUUAAAGAUGCAUUACAAAAAGAUGGGACAUUAAAGUUUGUUUCAUUCAUAAC